GAAGUACAGGAUCGGCAUCCAUUCCCUCCCACUACUCCUGCCCUCUGCUUUGCCUGCUCCCUGCGCACGCUCUCACACUUCAAGGCUUGUGGCAGAGUGACUCAAAUUGUUUCUUGACCUUGGACAGAUCUUCCGCCGUGGGCUGCCUGCUAGGAAUUUAGUGAGCUCCAGAACACUGCAUGCUGGAACACACAGACAGCCUUGCCGUCUGCUUUUCGCUCCCACAACUUUUUCUUCCAAUUGCAGUCAAACCAGAAAGGAACAAAACUAUUUAGAAACUGAAUGCAGACAGAUAGAACGACUUCUUCAGGCUCUGAUGCAUAAGGAGGUGACAGAUGCUGUGUAGUCCUGGCUCUUAUCUUUUCAACUGAGGAAUCUGAGGUACAACCAAGGCCAAUGGCACUGGUGUCAAUGUGACAAUUAUCUUGAACUGUGUUGCCAAUACCUAAAUGAAACAGGAGUCGUGGGUGAGUGAGAUGCUUCACUGAAGAGAAAUCAAGAACUGUUUUCUAGUAGUUGGGCUUUUCUAUCAAUUGAGGACUCAUUCAGCCUGAGAAACCCAGUACAAUAUGCCUGCCAAAACCCCUAUGUAUCUAAAGACUUUGACCCCAAAGCGGGGCAAGAAGAUGAGAUUGCGUGAUGUUCUGUCAAGUGACAUGAUCAGUCCACCCUUGGGUGACUUCCGUCACAGUGCCCACAUUGGGAAGGAUGGUGAAAGUGACAUGUUUGGGGACAUUUCCUUCUUACAGGGCAAGUAUGACGUCCUUCCAAACCUCAACCGGAGGCCAACUUCUCAAAGUACGGGGCAAGGACUGGAUGGAGAAUACAACUAUGAGCGAGGUUUUAACAAUGGAGCAGGUGACUAUCCUACCCUCCUGAAGAAUGCCGUCUCUCUCCCAGCAUUCGAUGGUGCUCACAAAAGCCAGGACCAGGAGCAAGCUCCUCCAAAGCCUCCUAGGCUCCACCUGGAGGAAGGCACUGGUCAACAGUCACUGUCGGUCAGCUCUACAACAGAAUGUUUCCACAAUGCUGAAGAAGAGUUUGCCACCCCCACAUUCAGCAAAACAGGGUCUUCAGUUUCUUUAUUGACGGAGUCGAACACUUCUUCAGAAUGCUCAGUCAUUGGCAUUGAGCAGCUGGAUGAGAAGAGAGCCUUAAUCUUCAACAGCGAGAUGUCCCUCAAUAAUGAGACCCUUUUCCCUUCUGACUCAUACCUGAGUGGAUCCGAAUCUUCCCUUGGCUUGAACCUCGAUUUAGGGCCAUCCAUAUUGGAUGAUGUCCUCAGAAUUAUGGAUGGAUACAAGAUCUAGCAAAAUUGGUGGAAGGCUGUUGAAGGAAUGACAAUGACAAUAGGGAGUGUCCAAACAUGAUCAUAUCACGUUGGCCACUGACAGUUCAGGCAAAUGCUUACUCUUGGACUGAGAGAAAACAUUUGAAACUGCUCCCGUGGUCUAAUCACAGAUAUAUCACUUGCUAAACUGGAACUGCUAAAAGGAAUAUCACAUAAACUUAAUUGGACAUGAAGGAUAACUAGUAUUUUAUCUUUAACUUCAACAAACUUCCUGGAUGAUACCAGAAUUAUAUACAACACUGCAAGCCAGAAAUGUUAAACUAUUUCUUGAAAAACCUGUUAAAUUCUUGACCUUGUGACUGUAAAAAAGUUGUUAUUCCCUGUAGGAUUACAUAAUAGUUUAGAACUCAGAGAUAUACAUAAUAUGUUACAAUUGAAAUAACACUGAAAUGAACUAGUUGAAUUACUUGAGGUUUUACGACAAUCUGAUUCCCGAAUGGUUCCUAUUAUUGAUACCAGCCCUUUAUCCCAGGGUUAAAAAGUUGUAUAAUGCAAGCAGAAAUCGACUCCCAACUCUUCUUUGCCUUUCCUUCUUUGCAAUCUCCUCCAGCCCUUAUAAACCUCCCAGGUCUCUGGAACCUUUUCCAGCAUCAAUAAAACUCCCAAAUCUCAGUAACACCCUUCAGUCCCAGUAACAAUUCCAAAUCUGUAACAUCUUCAGUCCCCUAUAACCUUUCCAAAUCUCCCUAGCCAUCUCUGGCCCCAACAACCUGGUCAGGGCGUCUCCAAUCCGGCCUAUCGUGCAUUCCCAAUUUCCUUUCUUGCACCGUUAGCUGCCUUAUUUCAGCUGGCUGAGGGGGUUCCUAGGCUUUCUGUUUAACCUUUUCCAUCUCUCUACCUUUUAGUUUAGAAAUUUUCUGGUCACUCAUUCAAAACUCAAACUGGUACAAAACUGAACAGGCUGUCCCUUCAUCCCAAACUGUCUAAAACCCACAUAGAACUGUUUGGAUAAGUAUCAGAUUGUCCAUUAGUUGAUGCCAGGGAAGUGCUGGCUUCUCUUUAUCCCUCAUUUCACACGCCAUAUCUUCCCUUGUAAACAACCAACUCCCUGGCUUCUGUAAUUACUAUAAUUGUAUUUUCACAGCAAGUUAGAUGAGACCAAUUAGGUGGAGAGCUUGGUCACCACAAUUCUUCUGUCAUCUUAUCCCCUGUGAGGGUGUCUGUGUAAAGGCGAACACAUUCCUCCUGGCAGUCAGGCCAGGCUGAUCCAGUCUGUAUCAUAAAGCCUUUCACUGAUUUGGGAAUGUGGAGCACUGGAAUGUCUCCGGUUAUUAAAUGGGAGGAUAUCGUGUGCCUAGUGCUGUUGACCUCUCUUUUUAAAUAGUAUCCAUUAAUCAGCGUAUGUCCUUGAGUAGGAUUUAUCACAAAACUGCCAUCACUAUGCAAGGAAUGUAUUGCACAAACAUGUUCUUAGCAACUAAGGCUUUCUGUGGAAUGGAAUUUUAUCUUUUUUGUUUGCAUUUCUAAUGUUAAAAUACUCAAUUGGUUAUUCCCAUUAAAGCAAUUCCCAUUUGUCUGACUGUC